UGAAGGCAUCAUUGACGUCAGUCUUCUUGUCGGAUACACACACGCCACUUCAAAACAUGACCGCUUCUGUAAUUGUCCGAAGGUUAGCAGCUCUUUCAGGGGCUUCUGCAGUGGCAGCAGGGGCAUACGGAGCUCACGGGUUCAAAAACAGUGACCCUGAUGACUACCAGAGAGUGCUAUUUGAAACCGCCAACAAGUACCAUUUCUACCACAGCCUGGCCCUGCUGGGUGCUGCCCACUCUGGCAAACCUGCUGUGGCUGGUACCCUCCUGAUAGCGGGCAUGGGGAUGUUCUGUGGCUCUCUGUACCACCAGGCCAUGACCGGGGACCCCAGUCUACGCAAGGUGGCUCCCAUGGGGGGUGUAGCUAUGAUCGUCGGCUGGCUGGCCAUAAUUCUCUGAACUGUACCGGUUCACAUCCCCUCCACAGGGACACAAAACUGUCAGACUGUUAAUGGAUGAACUGGAGGGCUUGUAAGAACUUGGCUGAGGGGUUAAAAGCGUUGAGUUAUGUCACACCCAUCUAACCGCACCCAGUCCUGGGUGGUGUGUGUCAGCAGGAGAUAAGGUCACAACUGGAUUAUCACUUUUCUACCAUUGCUGUCUGUUUCUGACUGGUGUCCAUGUCACAUUUUGUCACCUCAACAAUUUGUUGACCUAACAUUUUAAAUGUCAUGUUAAAUCAUUGAGCUAAUAGAAAUCCAUAAUGCUAUACAUAGGUUUGUGAAUAUUACACUAGUAUAUCUAGUUGUUUCUUUGUUUUUACUAUAUUUCCCCCUACUGCAGUAAAUACAGUUUCUAUAUUUCUGUACAUUUAUACAGCAUAGGUGUGGCGAAUGGAGUAAAAAUAAAGAAAGGAAUAUGAAGGCUUUAAAAAUUAAAUAAAUUCAUUUUCUUACACAUUG